AUGCGCGACAUCCUCAAGCUUGCACUUCAGCGAAAGCAUUAUGCUCUUUUUGAAAGAAUUGCCGGACUGGCGAUAGUGGUUGAAGACCAGCUCAUUGCUUUCCGCAAAGGACUGACAUCUGCCAUCUCGUCCUACCGUCACUUUGCGGAUCAGUGCCGGGUCAUUGCUCGUGAGACUAUCCAACCUUGCCUGGAUGCUUACACAUCCAAAACCUGUGGCAAAGCAGAUGGACUAGCCAUGGUUGAUCUCGCUCUUUACUUCGAGGACCCUGUUGCCUUUUUUUCAGAAGCCGUGGCGCCUGUGAUCAACAAAAAGAUUGCGGCUUCGUCGCUUAUUCUCGGAUUUCUCGAUCUACUGCGAAAGCAAGGCGCCGACAGGAUUUUGCCUACGGAACGAACAAUGCAACUUCAUCGUGCCGAAGCGAAAUCGUUCAACACUUUGACAGAUUUCGCCAAGAUACACAGUGACGUUGGAGUUCAGCUCACAUCUGUGAAAAGGGCACACCCUACUACCUCCAACCCAUCUUCAUGGGACGAGUUCCGAACACUGUGUGGUAUGUACACUCAUGUGCUAUCCUACCCAUGCGUAAAAAGGAAAACCGUGCCAUCACGAAGCCCUAAGACUUCCACCUAG